AUGGCGUCUUCAGAAAAGGAACUCAUCCCUUUGAAUGAUCUACCGCCAAAACAUGAAAGCAUCCCAGAGAAACCUUCAACAGCAGGCACCACCGAUUUGGUGCCCUCUAAGUUUCCUUCCAGACCCAGGCGAAAAGUUGUAGUCGUCGUCACUGUCAUCGCAGUGGUCGUUUUAGUUAUUAUUGCAGCAUCCUUGAUCGGCAAAUACAUUCCGGAAUAUCUUCGAGAUGCUGAAAACAAGUGUAAGUAUACGGAUAAAUUAUUAACCUUCUUAAGGUGGCUUUGAUUGAGCUGUAAGCGAUAGAGUGAACAUCUUACAGCAAAAACUCUCGAGGUUUGUUUGUGCGCCUUGAAUUCCUUUGAUUAUUUAAGUGUCACGGGAUGGAGUUCGUCGCUGAAAUUACGACAUCGGACGACUUUAAAGUUUCCCGAAGUCUGAAGAAUAGAAAUUACGCUACAAAUACUCAGAGCAUGGGGCAUGUGCGAAUUUAAAUACAAAAUGUAUUCAGGAGAGGUUAUCUGGGCCUAAAUUAAACUGACUUUGCGCGUCUUUUGCCGACCUUUGAGCUUUGAGCUUUGAGCAGUAAUCCAAAAACAUGAAUUCGUUUUAUUGUUUUUCUCCCACAUAGCUCGAAAAUAUACUACAGAUAAGGGAGCUGAAGAACCAAAAGGA